UAUUUGUUGAAUUAAAUACUCUCUGUUGCUUGAGAAUGUUGAGAAUAGAAAAUUUUAUCUAGUUUUCACAGAUAUAAUCAGUAACAUAACUAUGAAGAUGCAGUGGAUGUACAAUCAUAGGCCCCAGGACAAAGGAGGACCCUGAAUGGGACAUCAAAAAUGCGUGCUCACUUGCGUAAUUGCCUGGAGAAACUGAAGGAGAUGGUCCCCCUGGGUCCAGAGUCAAAUCGUCAUACGACGUUAGGUCUUCUCACUAAAGCCAAAACUUUUAUUAAAAAUCUGGAGGAUAAAGAGAGAAAGCAUCAACUCCAAAAAGAUCAAUUGCUAAGGGAGCAAAGGUACUUACGAAGGAGGCUGGACCAGUUGGGAAUGCCAUUCAAUUCGCACAAAAGACGAAGCAUUAGCGAAUGCAGUUCGUCAACCUCCAUUUCCACAAACUCAUCCUCAUUAUCCGAAACAGAUGAAGUGGAUAUCAUCGGCUACAACAGUAACCAAAGUGAUACGGAUGACCAUAGUAGCAUCCAGAGCGUGACGAGCGACGGAGGAGUUUCCAUCAGCACCAAACGGCUCACUCUCGGUGAAACUACCAUGUCCAUUUAAUACUGCCAGUAUUCUUUGAGAACAUUGCAAAGGACAGUGCAUGCACACCAGUAUAAAAGGGGGAUUUAAAAAAAUAUAUAAGAAAAUAGUUUUGUGGACUGCCACCACCCUGCCAUCCGAUUUGGGCAUUUCGAUGGAUUUGAAGAAACCAUUCCAUUUUUAAAUCACGCGAAAAUAAUGGGCACUCUUCUGAUGUAUUUCGGUGGGUCUCAAAAUUAUGUGUUCGUGAUCGCAAUCGGGAUCCUAUUCCCUUCUGCAAUAUAACCCGGCCACACUUCACGUACAUAACACAUAUACAGUAUUUGAUCUGUGCUUCAAAAAUCAACGCCCGGUUCCUUCCGUUUAAACCCCCCUUUCAUCCCAUAGCGAUUUAGAUUUUUUAAAAUCAUUUUCGUGUAAUUCCAACCUCUUCACCAAUGGCCCGGACAUAUCGUGGUGAAAAAAAAAAAUAUAUAUAUAUAUAUAUAUAUAUAUAUACAGUAUAUAUAUAUAUACAAAAUAAAACAAAAACAGAACUCGUUUUCGUUCCGAUGCGAUUCCUCUUAGAACAAAAAUUGUAUAACCUUUACCAAGUCUAAAAAGGGGAUGGGGUAAUUAAAAUUCUCAGGAUGGGCCAUUGGAUACUUGCCAAAUGAGCAAUAGCAUAUGUGAUGUGCUGCUCUCAAAUUUAUUUAUUUCAGUUGUAAAGAUUAUUUUUCAUUUUAUUUUGCAGAGAUUUCUUAUUAUACAUAAGAACAGCUCCGUUCAACUAGUAUUUUCUAAAAAUACUCUUAAUUGCCCAUAGUGUUGUAAACAUGUGAUCGUUUUAGUCGAAAUGUCUUUAAAAAAAAAAAUAAUA